AUGAGUGCAGUAAAUCUCCGGGAAGUCCACGACUUCCUAAUCCAAAUCGCCUACAAGGCGGGCGAUAUGGUCACAUCUGCAAAGCCAGCUGCAGCAGGCCACGGCACGAAGAAGAACUCGGCAGAUCUCGUCACAGAAACAGAUCAAGCAGUCGAAAAGAUGGUCUCAACGGAGUUAAAGGCGAAGUCCCCUGAUUUCGAAUUCAUGGGCGAAGAAACGUACCAACCCGGCGACACCCUCACGUCCAAGCCCACCUUCAUCGUCGACCCCAUCGACGGCACCACAAACUUCUUCCACGGCUACCCCUACAUGUGCGUCUCGCUCGGCCUCGCCAUCGACAAGAAGCCCGUCGUCGGUGUCAUCUACAACCCGUUCACCAAAGCCCUCUACACAGGCAUCAAAGGCCAAGGCUCCCAAUUCACGGACCCCUUCCACGACCGCGUCAAACUCCCCCUCCGCGAUCCAGAACCCCUGCAGGACCUGAGCCAUUGCCUCGUCGCGGUGGAGUGGGGUUCCGACCGCGAUGGGAAUGAUUACGACGUCAAGACGAAGACGUUUCGGAAACUCGCGGGGAGCAAGGAAAUCGGCGGCGCGAUGGUGCACGGGAUUCGCAGUCUUGGGUCUGCGGAGCUGAAUCUCUGUGGUGUGGCGAACGGGGCGCUGGAUGUUUAUUGGGAGACGGGAUGUUGGGCCUGGGAUGUUUGUGCGGGUUGGGUGAUUUUGGAGGAGGCGGGGGGUAGGAUGGUGGGUGCGCAUCAGGGGGAUUGGGAGCCGAGUGUGGAUCAGAGGCGGUAUAUGGCUGUGAGGGGCGGGGAGGGGAGGGAGAAGGUGAUUGAGGAGUUUUGGGGGUGUGUGGAGGGGAGGGUUGAGGUUGGGUGGGAUGCGGUUUCUUGA